AAAUUUUAUAAAAUUUGUGAGAUAAUUUUCUAUUAUCUUUGCUCCAUGGGCGAAUCACCCAAAGGGUUGAGAAAAGGUACAUGGACUACUGAAGAAGAUAUUCUCUUGAGGCAAUGCAUUGAUAAGUAUGGAGAAGGCAAAUGGCAUCGAGUUCCUUUAAGAACUGGUCUCAAUCGGUGCCGAAAGAGUUGUAGACUUAGAUGGUUGAAUUAUUUGAAGCCAAGUAUUAAGAGAGGAAAACUCUGCUCCGAUGAAGUUGAUCUUGUUCUUCGCCUUCAUAAACUUCUAGGAAAUAGGUGGUCCUUGAUCGCUGGUAGAUUGCCUGGUCGGACUGCUAAUGAUGUCAAGAAUUACUGGAACACUCAUUUGAGUAAGAAGCACGAUGAACGAUGCUGUAAGACGAAGAUGAUAAACAAAAACAUUACUUCUCAUCCUACUUCAUCGGCCCAAAAAAUCGAUGUUUUAAAGCCUCGGCCUCGAUCCUUCUCCGAUAAAAAUAGUUGCAACGAUGUCAAUAUCUUGCCAAAAGUUGACGUUGUUCCUUUACAUCUUGGACUCAACAACAAUUAUGUUUGUGAAAGUAGUAUUACAUGUAACAAAGAUGAGCAAAAAGAUAAGCUUAUUAAUAUUAAUCUAUUGGAUGGAGAUAAUAUGUGGUGGGAAAGUUUACUGGAGGCAGAUGUGUUGGGUCCAGAAGCUACGGAAACAGCAAAGGGUGUGACCUUACCGCUUGACUUUGAGCAAAUUUGGGCUCGGUUUGAUGAAGAGACUUUAGAACUGAAUUAGUGUUGCUCCCCAUUUUUGUUUGCACGUGUGUAUUUAUGUUUCUGUGGAUGUUUUUUAUAUUGCAAUUUUUAAAAAUUGUAUUAUUAAAUUCAUAUCAAAGGUGGCAGCAUUUGUUACAAUAUAACUUAACACGAAUUCAAACCCGAGAAGAUAACGU